AUGUAUAUAGCACUUACCUCAACUCCUCUAGAAAUGAAUGCCAACAGUAUGCCUAAACAAGUGGAGGUGAGGAUGCAUGAGAGUCACCUGGAGCCCAUCGAGGCCAGGCCUCAGUCGAAAUGUGCCAAAAUCUGCUCCAAAAUGUUCAAGAACCUUCUGCUCACACUCACCGUCCUCGGUGUGAUCUUGGGAGCUGUAUCAGGGAUGUUGCUUCGCGUCGCCUCCCCGAUCCACCCAGACAUUGUCAUGGUGAUUGCUUUCCCCGGAGACAUCCUGAUGAGGAUGCUGAAGAUGUUGAUCCUGCCACUCAUCAUCUCCAGUUUAAUCACAGGUCUGGCCGGUCUGGACGCCAAAUCUAGCGGUCGCCUGGGCACCAGAGCUAUGGUCUACUACAUGUCCACCACUGUCAUCGCUGCUAUCCUGGGAGUCAUCCUGGUGUUAGUCAUCCACCCUGGCAACCCCAAACUGAAGGAGAAUCUGGGCGAGGGCGAGAAGAACGAUGACGUGUCCAGCUUGGAUGCCUUCUUCGAUCUGAUCAGGAACCUGUUCCCGGAGAACCUGGUGCAGGCUUGUUUCCAACAGAUCCAGACGGUCACAAAGAAGGUGGAGGUGGUUGUUGAGGAGGAUGUCAACGCCACCACCAUGGAGGGCCUGGUGGCAAACAUCACCAAGGAGCCACAGUUCAUCAUCAAAAAGUCACUGCAGUUCAAAAGUGGCAUGAAUGUUUUGGGUCUGAUCGGUUUCUUUAUCGCAUUUGGCAUCUGCAUGGGCAAAAUGGGAGAGAAGGCCAGACUCAUGAUUGAAUUCUUCAACAUCCUCAACGAGAUCGUGAUGAAGCUUGUCAUCAUGAUCAUGUGGUACUCUCCCUUCGGUAUUGCCUGUCUGAUUUGUGGCAAGAUCAUCUCCAUCAAGGACCUGGAGGUGGUGGCCAGGCAGCUGGGCAUGUACAUGAUCACUGUGAUUAUAGGUCUCAUCAUCCAUGGAGCAAUCUUCCUGCCCAGCAUUUACUUCGUUAUCGUCAGGAAAAACCCCUUUACCUUCUUCCUGGGCAUCUUCCAGGCCUGGAUCACUGCUCUGGGGACAGCCUCCAGUGCUGGUACACUGCCUGUCACCUUCCGCUGUCUGGAGGAGAAUCUGGGUAUCGACAAGAGAGUCACUCGUUUCGUGCUCCCGGUCGGUGCCACCAUCAACAUGGAUGGAACUGCCCUGUACGAGGCUGUGGCGGCCAUCUUCAUUGCCCAGAUGAACGGCAUCCACCUUGACCCUGGUCAGAUUGUCACAGUCAGUCUGACAGCCACCUUGGCCAGUGUUGGGGCAGCCAGUAUUCCCAGUGCCGGACUGGUGACUAUGCUGUUGAUCCUGACUGCUGUCGGCCUGCCAACCCAGGACAUCAGUCUGCUGGUUGCUGUCGACUGGCUGCUGGAUCGGUUCAGGACCUCAGUGAAUGUGGUGGGUGACUCCUACGGUGCAGGCAUCGUGUACCACAUGUCCAAGGCGGAGCUGGAAGAGCUGGACGCUCACAUGGCUAAAUCUGACGACAUCGAAAUGAUGACGAAGACCCAGUCUUAUUACGACGACAUGAAGAACCACCAUGAAAACAAUUCCAACCAGUGCGUCUUAACCGCUACCGCUACCACAACUGCUAGCACCACCGCUAACAAUUCUGUCGUAGUAGAUGAAUGCAAGGUAACCUCAGCCACUAACGGCUCUGCUGCGGAGUGCACGCUUGUUGAGGAGGAACCAUGGAAACAUGAAUAA